AUGUCUGCAGAUUUUUGGAAUUCAUCUCAACGGAAUAAAUGGCAACUGACUCGAUUUUCAUUAUUAGAGGCUCGUAGGAAAGUUCUCAUUUUAGAGAGGAAAAUGAUUCAAAAUGGAUUAAUUAAAGAUUAUCCUAAUAUCAAUUAUGAUUAUAAUAUGAGAAUCUAUUUACAUAAUUUAUUAAUUAAAUUAGGUCGAAGAUUAAAUAUUAGACAGAUUGUAUUAGCUACCGCUGAAGUAUAUUUAACUAGAUUCUUAACUCGAGUACUGUUGAAAGAAAUUAAUGUCUAUUUAUUAGUGACUACUUGUUUAUAUGUUGCUUGUAAGAUUGAAGAAUGUCCUCAACAUAUUCGACUAAUUAUAUCAGAAGCAAGAAAUAUUUGGCCAGAAUAUAUUCCUCAUGAUGUUACGAAAUUAGCGGAAUUUGAAUUUUAUUUAAUUGAAGAAAUGGAUCUGUAUUUAUUAUUGCAUCAUCCUUAUAAAUCAUUAAUUCAGAUUAAGAACUAUCUUGAGGAUAAUUAUAUGAUUUAUGGAUUUAAAUUAACCGAAGAAGAAUUACAAAAUGCUUGGAGUUUAAUCAAUGAUAGUUAUAUCACCGAUAUUCACCUCCUAUUACCACCACAUAUAAUCGCAAUUGCCGCGAUCUAUAUCACAAUCGUACUCAAAAAGAACCUCUCUCAGAUCAGAAGUGGAUCCACCAACGAAGAAUCUAAAUCCAUUCAAGGCAAUCCACGACAAGAUUCUGCCUCACAUAGUAUUGACAAUAAGGAAAUGAAUAUAGACGAUCUAAUGGACCUAUCCACCGCCACAACUACCACCACCUCCAUCUCCAAAUCGGGCGUACAACAUAAUCAAAUCCUGCCGGCAUCAGGGUCACUUCUAAACACCACCCCACAAAAAAUCAUCCAAUCCCCAAAUAAACCUGAUUCAAACCCCACAACAACCACGAAUUUCCAGGAUGAUUUGAAUAUAUUGGAUGAAGAUACGAUCAAGAUUAAUAAAUUUAUGAAUUUCUUGAGUCAUUCCCAUAUUAAUCUAGAUGAAGUUGUGGAGGCUAUGCAAGAUAUGGUGAAUAUCUAUGUUUUAUGGAAUCGAUAUAAUGAACAGGCGGUGAAGAAGUCAUUACAGAUUAUGUUGCUAAGUAGGAUUUAA